UCACUGUCCGCAUCUCAUCACCAACGCCGAUUGCAGGACCUCUUGUACCCCACUUUCGACCUCAUGGAGCAUCCAGCCCCGGCACAAGAUGAGCUCGAUGAGGAAAGGCAGGAGCAAGACUCUGUGCGGCUCUCAAGACUGUGUCGCGCUCUCAAGGAGCUUCUUGCCGAUGUCUCUGGGCCAUUGACACCACAGUCCUUCUUGGAUGACAUAUCAUCAUUCGUCACAUACUUGCCUCUCAACAUCGAUGGAACAAACUCCGGCCCGCUGUAUUUCCUUCCUCGGACUGAGCUUGACCAGGAGAUCAAAGAUGCCCUAGCCUCGACAUGGCAUAAACUCGACGACGGGAACGCCGACUGGGUUUAUCCUGACUGGAGAUCUGGGUGGUUCAUCAGGGGCUGGGGCUAUGUUAUUGAUGACGAUCAUGACUGGGCGUAUGAUGCAGCAAGUAAGGAUUGGUAUUUCUGCUCUCGCAGAAAUGAGGUGUUGGCAGACUAUGGUCUUGACCUUCCCUGUUACAGUCACCCUCCCAACAGGGUCCCUAAGUGGGAGUACAUGUCAGACUUUGCGUUUCUUCCAAGAAAGGACGACGUACCUCAUUUGGCAUGCGUUCUGUCAGAUACAAAUGGUAUGCAGCCUUCACAGCCCAACGUCACUCUUGGCGAGAUGCAUGCCAUUCUCGCACUUCUCGCCCAUCCAUUUGCAUGUGGCAAAUAUAGUGAACAUUCAAUAAAGCCCGCAAUGAUCUUCGCAUUUCAACAUGAUCGGUACGCCCGAAUCACGCAAGCGCACUUUGACUGCGACAGGGAACGUGUGGUCAUCCGACAGUCCAGGGCCAUUGAUCUCCGGGAUGAGACUGCGCCAGAGGACGCCUUCAUUCUCCUGCGCUGGAUGCUGAGCACCCCUACCGGAGACACUAAAUACAAGAAAGUGGAAGAGAACCAUAAGAGUCCUGAGACAGAGCCUCCUCCUGAUGCCGACCAGCCACUGUCAAAUGCGAUCGAGGUGCGAUAGACUUUGUGGAGGUGGUUUCGCUUCUAUUCUGUAUACGUCCGAGGACAUACAUGGCGCCUUCAUAACGUAGUAAGCGCUCAAGCCCCAGCGCUUGAAAAAGAUACGGUAUCAAUAACUAUAGUCAAGAUACGAUGGGUGCUUGUGGCCUUAGCCAUGCGACGCACAGACAAGGCUAAGGGGCACAGUCUUAGGCUAGUCAUUAAUUUACCACAAUUGAUGCCA